AUGGGCAAGCAACAGUCACUCUCAGUCCAAGAGAUAGGCGCCAGUGACCAAAGCUUUGGUCCAGUAGCAAGUGGCCGUCGUUCGCAGUCGCACGAGAGUCUUCGACGUUCAAAUUCUCGCGCGAACUUCUUCGACCCGUAUUACAACGCAAUGCUGACCGCGCAGUCGACAGAAGACAAGGAGUGCUCAGCUUCGGGGUCGACCAGAAUUCUGCAUAAGGAGCAAGAUGGUAAACCUGCAAUCAUGCUUACCACGUUCAAGUUCAGGCUGCUUGAGGGACCUGCAGCAAGGGUGCUACCAAUUUUAUGGGACUACGACCAUUCUACGAGGGCAGACGGAGCAUUGGCCAGCGGCGAUUAUCUGGCGUCAAAACAAAUGCAACAGAGCGAUCACUUCACUGAUGACAUCGAGCUUGCUUUUGACCACACCAAAUUACGACAUACAACCGUUGCGCUUGAGAAACUUGAUAUGGAACUGGGAGAGCAUUUCGAGCGCCUGAAGAGCGAGUAUGAGAUCAAGAGGGACUUCUCCACAGAGAUGGAGAACAUAGCUGAGAAAGACGCUUGCGUUGGCCAGCCAAGGGCCGACAGUGAGGCCUCCUCACGGACUCGCCCAGUCGGGUCAAAGGAGGGUCUCAUUGGUGACAAUGGUAUCACCAUACUGAACGAGGCCACCAAUCUCGAGGACACUGCCUAUGCUUUCUCAACGAGCAAGAAGUGGUGGAUCCUCACGGUCGUCGCCUUGUGCCAGACAAGCAUGAACUUCAACGCGGCCGUCUAUUCCAACGCCAUCGCCCCGCUCAACGAACACUACAACCUGGGCACCAACCACUUCACCAAUGCUCGUGCGGGUUUGGCCUGGUUCCUGAUCCCGUACGGUAUCGGGUGCGAGCUGUGGGCGCCGUGGUCCGAAGACUUUGGGCGCUGGCCCAUUAUGCAGCUUUCGCUUGGAACUGUCAAUCUUUGGCAAAUCCUCGCAGGAGCGAGCACGUCUUGGAACAUGGUCCUCGCGGCCCGUGUUCUCGGUGGCGUUUGCUCAGCUGGUGGCUCUGUGACAUUGGGUAUGGUUGCGGAUAUGUUCGAUCCUGAGGAUCAGCAGUUUGCUGUGCUUUGGGCUUCGCUUUGGUCUUGUCUUGGCUCUGUUAUCGGUGGUAUCGCUGGUGGCUCGAUUGAGCAGUUCCUCGGUUGGCGUUGGAACUUCUGGAUCCAGCUCAUUCUCGGUGUAUCGGUACAGCUCGUCCACGCGACCUUGGUCCCGGAAACCCGUUCCACUGUCAUGCUCAACAAGAAGGCGAAAAAGACUCGCAAGUCGAACCCUGACAGUGGCGUUCGUGGCCCUACCGAGGAUGAGAUUUUCGACUGGAAGAACGCCGCCGCACUGAUGGGGCGCGCUUACAAAAUGCUGGCAACAGAGCCCAUCGUCCUCUUUCUCUCCCUUCUUUCUGGUUUUGCUGAUGCCCUCAUUUUCAGCUUCCUCGAGUCUUACGGUUACGUCUUCGGUCCUGGCGGGUGGAACUUCACCCCAAGCCAACUAGGCUUUGCCCUUUCUGCCCUCUUCAUUGGAUACUGGGCUGCCGGCUUCUCAUACGUUCCCGUCAUCCGUAGAGACAACCAGAAGCGGAAAGCUGGACAGGUGUUGAGCCCUGAGACUCGUCUGAAGGCACUCCUGUGGAUUGCCCCGCUCCUUGCGAUUGGUCUUUUUGGCUCCGCGUUCACCGUCGUUGGCCCUCCUCUCCCAUGGAUUGCGCCCCUCAUCUUUGCAGUCCUGAUUGGAUGGGCAAACAUGGCCAUCUACUUCGCUACUAUCGACUACAUGGUCGCUGCUUAUGGUGGCAAGUACUCGGCAUCUGCCACUGGAGGUAACGGUUUCUCGCGCGAUGUUCUCGCAGGUAUCUGCUCAUUCUACACGGGCCCCAUGUACCACAAACUCGGCAACCAGAACGCUACCUGGCUGUUGUUCGGUCUUUCGGUCCUGGUCAUCAUCCCGGUUUUCUGGAUCUACAAGAAAGGAUCUUGGCUUCGUGCCCGCAGCAAGUACGCUGCGGAGGUCGAGGCCGAGCGCCAGAGGAACGAGGAUAUCAAGGCUGGGCGGCGGCAUGGCCAGCCUGCUCUAGUCCAGCAGGACACCAACGCCUCUGCACCAGGGCAGGCCCAGCCACAUUUGACAGUGUAG